GUCCCGCUUUAUGUCGCGGGAAAGGGAAACUAGCGUUCUGAAAGAAAGUGCAGACAGUUAACGUUAGCUAGCUGUGUGAUUGUAAGAAACUGAUAAAAGAGGGUUCACAUCGACUGGUUUCAUAAAAAUCGCGAUUAAGAUAUAUUGAUAGUCGUUUUGUUCAGUACGUUUUCGUUUCUCUAUUACGUUUAUCUACUAGUAAGUUCAUAAUAUUUUGAGGUAGGAAGCUUAACGUUAGUGUUUUCCAAAGUUGACAGGCGUCAACGUUAAAUUAGUUAACGUCAAUUUGUUGGAACCCAGUCUGCAAAAUCAGUGAAAUUAACUUUCGUUACAUGUGUUUACAACAGUUUGCAUCAGUAACAUGCUAACGUUGUGUCAACAACAUUAACCUUAGGUGGCGAUGUUACUCGAGACUUAGGAACAGAAGUGCAACCUGCUAAUGUAUAGGCAGGCAGGCAGGCUGUGACUAACUUGGAGCAUCAUGUCUCGUCGCCUGACCAAAGAAGAGUUGGACCUUCAGUUUGAACAGUUUCUGAAAGAGUCUGUGUCUGAUGACUCUGUGGAGUUAGGCUCUAAGGUCCCCAGCGUGCUAGACAGCCUGGGCAAACCACCACCACCAAGGGCAGAGAGGCAGAAGACAACUCCUGCUCGGCCUUGGUGGCAGGAUGACGACAAUGAUGAUUUUGGUUUGCUGGGCCCUGGUAGAACAUUCCGGAAGUCUCUGAGGAAGUCCCAGCCUAUCCAGGAGGAGGAUGAGGAGAAGCCUCUGAGACGAGCAUCUGGAGAUGAAGAGGGGGAACUGGGAGUGGCAGAGAGGUCCGCAAUUGGCUUUUUCAGCAGGGACAGCCUGGAGCCUGAUGACUCGGUCAUGGCGUCAGGCCCUGUGGACGUGGCGUCCCACUCGGGGCUGGACACUCUGGAGGAGGAAGAGGAGGAGGAGAGGCGUCGCUUCUUCGCCCGUCUGGAGGGUGGUGCCAACUCCACCAUUGACUACUCUCGCCUCAACCGUGAGCUGGAGUCAACCGGCUCCACCCUCACCACCCUGCUCAGGAGGACGGAGGUGCCUGAGGAUCUGAAGGAGGAGGAAAAUAAACUGUUUAAACCUUGUGAACCUGAGAAAGUCUCUCCAGGCGGCUCCGCUGACUACAGCGAGGACUUUGAUGAGGACGAGGUCAGCGAGAGGCAGAAGGAGCCACAGGAGCAGAGACCAAAUAAGCCUGGCAUGCUGGCUAAAGUGUCGCUGCAUGACUCACUAAACUCUACUGAUGGAGCGCUGGCCCCUGCGGAGGCUUCUGCUGGGAGCAGCGAGGAGGAGAAGGAGGAGAAGCAGGGGGGGAGGAGAGAGGACGGUGAAGCCCACACUACUGAGGCCCCAGCAGGUCAGUCCUAUGGUCAGAGUGGGGCCAGUGAGGUGGAGGCCUUGCAGGAGGCUUACAGGCAGCUGAGCCGCUCAGUGGAGGAGUCGGAGGUCAAAGAGCAGAGGUCAUUUCUGGCUGCAGGAGGCAUCACCAGCCAGACCCUGUUCCCUGCAGACCCCUUCACCUCCAUGCUUAAGCCUGCUUCCACCACAGACUCAGAGCUGCCCACUGCUGAGGAGCUGAUGCGCCCCAUUGGUCCAGACUCCAGCUUCGCCCGCGGCUUCUCUCUUCAUCCAGUCAGUGAGGUGGAUCAGCAGGAGGGGGUGAUGAGGGUGCAGGAGGGUCAGCAGGAGGAGGUGGUGAGGGAGCCACGAGAGAAGAGCCCAGCCAGGGUACGACCGCUGGAUGAAGAGAAGGAGGAGGAGGAGAGGCCGGUCUCAGCCACGUCACACCGCCGAGGCAUCGCCGAGGAGGUGCGCAGACUCAUGGAGGAGCAGGAAGAGGAGAAGACUUCCAGACGACAACCCCCCAGCAACAAGGCGAAGGCCAGGAAACGACAACCUGCUUGGCGACCGACCAUCUUCGCCCCCAAGAUCCCCCCUGCCAAGUCCAGUCCGGCCCAGCCCGCUGCAAAGACCCCUGGGACGGUCCGCACCGGACACACGGCUAAACCUCCGUCUCCACUUGUCCACAGGAAGCACCAGAAUCAGGAGCAGCCUCCCAGCAGAACCAGCAGAAUCCCCAUUCUGGGACAGACGCAGGCAAUCACAGCAGCAGACUCGAAGACCAGCCUGCGUGUGAGCAGUGACCUGGUGGCCUCAGUGCAGUCGUUUGCAUCCUUCCUCCAGCAGCAGAUGGAGGCCAGCAGCGACAGCCUUCGUAAAAGCCUCAAAGUGGACACAGCCCACACCCCAGCACUCCCAAAGCCCCCAGAAGAGGCAGUGGAUGGAGGUGGAGGAGGAGCUGGUGCUGAGGGGUCGGGGGCUACCCUCGUGAUGCCCACCCCAGCGGAGAGGAGCUCCCAGGAGCGCCUGAGACUCCAGCUGGCCCAGAGGGAGAUGGAGCUGCACCUGAGGGAGCAGGAGCUCCAGGAGGAGCGCAGCCGCGAGAUCAGCAGCCUCAAACAGGAGAACUACCUGCUGCACAGCAAGCUUCGACAAGCAGAGGAGGCGAGCCAGCCAGGAGCACAGAGUACAGGCCAGACGGGGGACCGGGUGUCCGAGGAGAAGCUUCGGCACCUGGAGAAGGAAGUGAGAGAGCAGGAGACCCUACUGCAAGGCUACCAUCAGGAAAAUGAGAAGCUCUAUCUGCAGGUAAAGGCCCUUCAGGCGCAGAACAAGCGUAACGAAGAGGCCAUGUUCACCGAGAACCAGAGACUCCACCAUGAGUUGGCCAUUGCUAGGGAUAAGCUGAGCCGGAACAGUGUGCAAAGGACGGUGGGAGUUGUAGGCACAAGCGAAGAAGGCUACAAUGUGGCAGAGCUGCUGGCACAAGUGAAAACACUAGAGAGGGCAGAAGCCAGACUUCAAGAGGAGGCUCGCAGACUGCGGCAGGAGAAGCAAGCCUUGCAGGUUGACCUGGAUAUAAUGAAGAAGGAGAGAGACCUGUCCAAGAUCCAGACUCUACACACUUCAGGUGACCUGGGCUUUGAGAUGAAGGUGCAGGAGCAGAGGCAUCAGGAGGAGGUGGCUGCCCUGAGGAAGCGGCUCCAGUGGUAUGCUGAGAACCAGGAACUGCUGGACCGAGACGCAGGCCGCCUGAGGGCAGCCACCGCUGAGGUCAAGGUCCUCACUGAACAGGUGGACAGGCUGAAAUCUCAGGUGGACAGCAGAGCCAGCCAGCAGCAGAGGAGGAUUAGGGAGAGGGCGGCCGACGCCAAGAGGAUCCAGGACCUGGAGCGACAGGUCAAGGAGAUGGAAGAGAUCCUCAGACGUCGGCACCCUAACUCCCUCCCAUCCUUGAUGUAUGCAGCGGCCGCGGCAGAAGCGGCAACCGCAGCCGGAGGGGCGGAGGAGAAGGAGAAGGCAGGUGGGGUUGCGGAGACGCCGGACAGGCCAGAGCGCUCCCCAGUGCCCCCCACACCAAAGAGCACUGUCCUGCUGCAGCGUCGUGUCCACCGGCUGGAGGCCGAGCUGGAGAACCGGGACGAGGAUGCCAAGCGCAGCCUCAGGGCCAUCGAGCAGCAGUUCCACAAGGUCAAGCUUCAGUAUGAGCAGCGGAUAGGCGAGCUGCAACAGCAGCUGUCCGAGAGACACCAGACUGCACAGAAGACUGGAGGAGCAGAGGAAGGAGAGGAGGAGGAAGAGGAGGCGGCGUCAGCAUGUGUCCACUCCCUCCAGGUGGAGGUGCGCAGGCUGAAGGAGGACCAGAAGCAGCGUGAGAGCUCUCUACAGGCAGAGGUGGCCAGUCUGCGGGAGCAGCUGGGAAAGGCCCAGCAGCAGCAGCAGCAUCUGCGCAGCCCGGGCGCCUCCACCCAGAGGCACCAGCGGCAGACGGAGGAGGCGCAGGUGGUACGCGUGGAGCGCCUCACUGGCGAGCUGGCUGCCAAGAGCCUCCGUCUGCAGGAGCUGAGCCGUACCGUGGAGCGUCUGCAGCGCGAGCGACGCACCAUGCUCUCGGGGCGCUGGGCGGGGGUCAAAGGUCACGAGGCCAAAGGGAAGAGCGGAGCAGGAGCGCCCUGCGCCGCCGGUGCCGCCACUAAGGCCACCAUGACCACGGAGAGUUUCCCGGCCACGCAGGACGAGAAGGCGUACCAGCCGGCGGUGUUCGCGGGCUCCCACAUCUCGGAGGUGCAGGCCGAGAGCGACGGGCUUCGGGAAAGACUGGAGAAGCUGGAGCAGGAGAUGCGGCAGGAGAGAGAGGCCCUGCAGCAGGCUGCUACCCACGCACAGGCUGAACUCCAGAGGGUCAAGGAGCACAGUGCCCAGCAGCAGGCCUUACUCUCUGCUGACCACCAGAGGGAGCUUGAGAGCCUGCGCGCCCGCCACGCCCUGGAGCACUCCACCUCUAAGGUGGCCGAACUGACCAAUCAAGUCAGCUCUCAGGAGAUCAUAGUGCGUCAUCUGCGUGACCAGCUGAAGGAGCUUCAGGGAACCAAGGAGGCGUUGACCGUGUCCAAACUCCGAGAGGACACUCUUCAGAUUCAGCUGACGAGGCUACUGGAGGAGCUGAAGCAGGCCAAAGAGGCUCACAGUCCAGAGCUGCGCCACUUCACCAGUCUGGAGAGCAAGAUCCACAACAUGGAGCUCCGCUACACAGAGAGAGAGAAGGAACUGCAGCAGGUGAUUGCUGAGACCCGCGUAGCAACGCAGGCCGAGCUGCAGGGCGAGCUGGAGCGCUGGAAGAGGCUGGCCCAGAGCCGCAGUCGUGAGCUGGACGCCUUCCGCCUGGAGCUGGACGCCAUCCUGGACGUGCUGCGGGAGCUGCAGAGGCAGGGGGUGGUCAUCCCGGCCCCCGAGCACACGCGCAUACCCUGGAGCAGAUGACCACGAUCAUGGAGAUGGAUGAAGGGGGUUGUGGUGGUGGUGAUGCUCAUGGCUGCCCCAGAAUGCCCCUCUCCCCCGAUGGACAUCUUACCCAGUCUUCUCAAAUGCCCCUCCAAACCUCACAGGGGUAGGAUGGGAGUUUUCUAUCCCAGAGCGCAGUGUUGCCCUCCACUCUGGGGGAGAUUGUGUGUGUGAGACACCAGCCCAGAGUAUUCCUCGUCUGUUGACCCGCCCUGCCCCGUCCCCUCCACUCCACACACUCGCCAGAUGAGAUGAGAUGGAGUGCAGAACACACUCUGUCUCUCGGCAUCAUAGGUGGUGGGAGUGUGGCUGCAACACCACAGCUGACUGGUCUAAUCUUAACACCAAGCAACACCAGCAGCAGGAGGCCCAGCGAACUCAUAGGCUGCAUGCAAGCUGUGUGUGUGCGUGCGUGCGUUAAGUGUGUGAGAGACUUCAAAGAGUCUGAGGAACACACUCUCUUCUCAGGUUUGAUUUUGCUAUGGCCCAGCACAAUCAACAAUUGCAUUUGCAAGUCCAUUGAGGUUUUUAUAUUGGUGCAUUGGUGUAGAUAGAAAUAUUUUAUUUAUUUCUGAAGGAAAUCAAGUGUUUUUGAUACAAACAAGGCAGAAUAAAUAGCAUUCUUUAUUAUUUUAA